AUGUAUUUCACAAAUAUCUUUCUCUUCGGGCUGGUCGCAACCGCGACUGCCUUGCCCCAGAAGAGAGGAGGGAGGAGAAAGUGUUCAAGCGUCUUUCCCUCAACAACCAGAACCUCCGAUCACGUUUCAACUACCCCGAUUCUCAGCAGCUCGUCCUCGAUCAUCGUCACUCCAAGCUCAAGCGAUCCAAUUUCAACCCCAGUCGUCUCAACUCCAGCCUCAAGCAGCGCUACUCCCGGCACCUCCAGCGAGGUAGCCUCGACUCCGAUCAGCUCCGAAUCCACUGCUACUACCCCCGGGACAACCCCUCCAGCCAGCACGACCCCGGAGAGCUCGACCAUCGUCAGCUCGACUCCAAGCAGCUCUAAUGAAUCCAGCACCUCCGUUGCGAGCUCAACCGAUUCCGGCUCUAUAGUUCCUAGCUCAACUCCUAGCAGCACAAGCGAAUCUAGCACCCCGGUUGCGAGCUCAACCGUUUCCAGCUCUACAAACGCCAGCACAACAUCCAUUGCCAGCACAACCGCAGCCAGCACGGUUGGUGCUCGGCCCCGACCAACAGCUGCCGGAGAUAUUCCAGCAGGAGUGGAAUACAGCGGAUACGUAAUCCCUGGCCAGGUUGGUCUUGCGUUCGCACAAGGUCCUUACGCAUACACAGCCCAGGCUCUCGACCUCCUCGACGCAUCUGGCUUCAAAGCAACCUUCUUCCUCAAUGGAGAUAACUUCGGCUCCAUCUACGACUAUUCAAGCGUCGUCCAGCGAAUAUAUUCUUCAGGUCACCAAGUUGGCUCUAACACUUGGAGCAAUGCCGACCUCGACACUCUAAACAAAAACGGGAUCGAGAGUCAACUAUACCAGCUUGAAGAUGCCUUGCGCGGCAUAAUCGGCGUGUACCCUACGUAUCUUCUGCCUCCCAAUGGCAAAACGAACCAACUGGUCCGCGACACGGCCGCCAGCUUGGGCUAUAAAAUCAUCAAGCCCGACAUCACCUAUGACGAACAGCACCAAUCUGAUAUCAGUACGGCCACCAACAACUUCAUCGCUGGUCUAGACGCUGGCGGUAGCAUCGCAUUGGUCCAUGACGUCUACCAGGCAACCGUGGAAUCUAUGCUCCCGGCGAUGCUCGGCGAUCAACGAUAG